UACGAAGAAAUGUGGAUGUUGGUAUUCUGAAUAUCCUUUACGUUGCCGCGCAAAGUUAGGAAAAGAUCUAACCAAUCACAAGUCUCGUAUUCAAAAUGAAAUGUUGUUUGAAAACACUACGCGUCCUGUAGUAAUCAUAAAAGUUGCUAAUUAUGGGAUAUAAGCUUUCUUAACUGAAGUCUUAUCAUGUUGCAGACAAAGUUAUGAACUUCACUCGUCAGUGUACAAAAGUAUAAACUUGAUUACACAGUUGUAUUUGCGUACUAUUUCUUGUGUCGCAGUCACAUAGAUGCUUAAGUUUUCAAAUGUAACGUACACUUUGUUCGAAGUUGUCUAGGUCGUUAUGAUCGUUAUGUUAGUUUGUGGAUAAGGAGAUGUGAGUUCCAUAAUUACCACGUUGUGCGGUUGACAAGUGUUAUGUAAACAAUGGCUGCAACUAUUGGAUAUGUGAACGUAAUCAAAAGAUCAGGGAAGGAAGGAUCACGUUUCCCAGUUACUGAAGAUUGCCUAAUUGGUAGUGGACUUCAUUGUGAAAUUAGAAUUCAUUUAGCUGAUGUUGCUGUAGAGCAUUGUUUAAUUCAGUGCCAGGAAGGGGGAAAGUGCUCACUAAAGAACUUAUGUAAACACAUGCCAACUAAACUAAAUGGUACUGAUGUUACUGAAGUUGCAAUACUGCACCACGGAGACACUAUCAGCGUUUCUGACCGUUUGUUUCGUUGGGAAUAUGAAGAACUACCACAAAUUUCUUCUGUUAUGAAGCAAACUGUGGCACUGCUGCCACGUAACGUGACAGAUGAUAUGGGAUCUUCAAAGCGACUGGUGGCUGUUGUAUCACCACAGAUCAGAGACAGACAGGAAACAUCACACUCUCUUAGGACGUGGGUACUACGUAGGUCAGUAGGGAACAGCUUGUCAAAUCGCACCCGGCAUCCUGCUAAGACGCUGGAAGGAAGGCGGAGUACUUCUGUGGUUAAAUUUGGUCCCCAGGAUUCUGAUCAGUCUGCAGUAUCAGAUGACAAGACUCCGCGCUUAGUAAAUGUCUCCCGUCGUACCAGUGUUACAAGUUCAGUGAAAAAAUCACUGCUAAAAGUAACACCACAUGUAAGAAAAUCUGGUGGUGCCUCUACUGUACAACCAAUUUCUUUUGAAACACCUCACACUGUUACAUCUGUUAUGAGUGACAGUGUUUCUGAUUUGGUGGAAACACCAGUGUCAAAAACAUCACGUGUAAAGAGAUCAAGUAUAUCUUACAGUGUCACCCCUCGAUCGCGAAAAUCAGUGCAAAUGGGAAGACACUCUCACAGUGUGCCAUCGCUAAAAAAGACUCCUAAUGCAGAGGAAACAGUUGCAGUUUCUUCCCCAAGAAGGUCCUACAGGAAGGACCCCUUAGAAGUUUCGUCAAGUGUUAAAUCUGCAAAUGCUACACCAGAUCGGCAGUUUAUUGGAGGGGAGACUCCAGGUGUCUCACAGGUUGAAAUUGGUGCCCAGGAUUCUUAUCAGUCUGCAGUACUGGAUAACAAGACUCCGCAUUCAGUAAAUGUCUCCCGCCGUACUAGUAUUAAAAGUUCAGUUAAAAAAUCGCUGCUGAAAGUAACACCAAAUACACGAAAAUCUGGUGGUGCAGAACCAAUAGCUUGUGAAACACCUCGCACGUUUAACUCGGAUAUGCGUGAUAGUGUUUCAGAUUCAGUUGGAACACCAGUGUCAAAAACAUCACGUGUAAAGAAGUCAAGCAUAUCUUACAGUGUCACCCCUCGCUCGCGAAAAUCAGUGCAAAUUGGAAGACUCUCUCACAGUGUGCCGUCUCUAAAAAAGGAUCCAACUGCAGAGGAAACAGUUGCAGUUUCUUCACCAAGAAAGUCAUAUAGGAAGGAAACCUUAGGAGUUUCCUCAAGUGUUAAAUAUGCAAAUGCUACACCAGAUGGGAAGUUUAUUGGAGGGGAGACUCCAGAUUUCUCACAGGUACAAUCGUUGGGCAAAAGAUCACAAAGGUAUAGCCAAAAAGUUCCUGCUGAAGGUACUUCAGCAAACAUAGUACAGUCUCCAGAUUUAUUCUCGUCAGAUCAGAUGCCCUCCAAUGGAGAAGUGGCACAGCUAAAAGAAUUGCAGAAAUCGUCUGCAUCUGCUAUGGCUGAAAGACCCAAAAGAAAAUCAGCUGGACUGCUGCUCGCGCACAUUCGUGAAAGUCAGGAAUUGUUUUCUCGCAGCCGUAGAAACUCUACUCCUUCAGCAAAUACUGACAAAAUAAACACUAGGUCAGCAAGAGCUUCAAUGAUUGUGCCUAAGAAAAGCAAACUUUCUUUCACGCCCAUAUCGCAAUCAAAAACACCUCGCAAGCUUAAAUCCCUUCGGGCAAUGUCGGCAAAAGCAGCCAAGCGAAGAUUGACUGAUGUAGACCUCUCGGAGAUUGCUGCUAAUAAGCUAAAAGCUAAAUCACCUAAAACUCCAGAUAAGAAGAAAAUGGCAGCUUUGCUUCAGUGUCAUAAGCCUCGAAUGCUCUUUUCAGAAGUUGUGAAGAAAACUCCAGUGAAGAAGAACAUUGUUGCCAAGCUGCCAACAGUGCCAAUAAGUAGACGUAGAAAGGUGCUCAAGAAACCCAAGGUUCAUACUCCAAGAAAGGCUUCUGUGAAAGGAAUAAAUUCCACUGGGCAUGUUGAUUCACCAGAGACAAUAAUAAUCCAUGGCAAACAAAGUAUGGCCUUGAAAAGAUCAAUUCAAAAAAUUAAGGAAGAAAGUGAAUCUCAGAAAAUUACAGCCGCAGCUCCUAUGUUCGAAGACACAAAAGAUGUUGAAACUUCAGUUUCAGCCAAAGAGUCAUCUCGUGAAAUGAACACCAGGAAAAGUGUCAGCUUCUCACCAGCACCACAAGUGGUGGCAUUUGCAGCUUCAAGACGAAUAAGUACUCGUAAAUCUAUGAAAAUUCCUAAUAUCACAGAAGAGAAUUGUGGCAUGCUUUCGCCAAACGAGUCGAAUUUGUUGGAGACAGUGCCUAACCGAAAGACUAGUAUAUUAAAAAAAUCAUCUUCAGUAGAAACACGCACAGAACUAAUGGAAAUUGACAAUAAUUCUUCUGCAGUAACUAAUUUGGAAAGUGUUCGUAAUAGUUCUGUUGUAUCAAGUACUCCUGUCAGAGUUUCAGAAAGGCAGAAAGGUAGAACACCUUCACAGUCACCAAGCACUCCCAAGAUGAAGGUUACAAUGGAAAAAUCUUCAAAGUGUGUGUCAGUAACCAACCAGAGUCCAGAAGCAUUAAACACAAGCAUUGUGUCACAGGCAAGCAGUACGUUUGAUUUUGAUGCUGUCACUACUCCCUGUAUAUCAGUUGAAAAACUAGUUUCACCUUUAAAUACCACCAGUUCAAAAAAACAAAUAAACAGCAAUUCAGCUAAACGUAAUGUGAACAUUUCUGCACAAAAAAUAUUCAAAGAUCUUGUAGCAGAUAAAGUUAUCGACAGCAGUAAAUGGCAUUACCAUGAUACGAAUGCAGCAGCCAGUGCAACUGAUGCCAGCAAUUGGACAGGUUCGGAGUCCUUGGCCAUGUCAUCCAGCAGGAAAAGUGAUCGAAGAUCAGUGUCAUUUCCUGUAAAUCGUUACUCUACAAGGAAAUCACAAGGUAAAAGAAGUUUGGAAGAGGUGUAUGCAUCCUCAAACACAACUGCUUCUGAGCUCAAUCAGCAUGACGUGGCCUCACCGUCCAAAAAAAGAAAAGUAUCAGUUAACACACAAGAAGAGUCAUUUAUUUCUAAAGAUGCAGGUGGCUUUCUUGUAAACAAACUUGAGCAGCUUCCGGGUGUAGCAGUAGCAUCAUCGCCCAAGCUUGACAGAAAUAGUGGAAGGGUUCAUAGACUAUCUCAUCAGCCAGUGAUUGUUGAUUCAAAUGAUAUUGAAGGUGCCAAGAAAGAUUUAAGAUCAUUUAAGAAAUCUUUACCUGAUGAUGCUUUGCUCAGCAAAGGAUAUGUUAAACAGCAGUCUCCAUCUGUUAGACAAAGAAAGUCUACAAUUAAUGAUUUAAGAGAUGUAACAGGUGUCAGAAGACUGUUCGACACUACAAAGAAACAAGGAUCUCCUGCGAAUGAUCUUACUGAUGUGAGAGGUGUAAAACGGCUUUUAAAAACUCCAAAGCAGCAGAAACUGCCAACGAAUGAUUUGACAGAUGUUAGAGGUGUAAAACAGCUGUUGAAAACUCCAAGAACACAGAAAUCACCACGAAAUGACCUUACUGAUGUAAGAGGUGUGAAAAAUCUACUCCGGUCUCCAUUAAAUCGUCAGAAAUCACCACAGAAUGAUCUUACAGAUGUGAGGGGGGUGAAAAAGCUUUUCAGAUCUUCAAAAAAACAAAUAUCUCCAAAAAAUGAUCUAACUGAUGUAAGAGGUGUGAAAAAAUUACUUCGGUCUCCAAGGCAACAGAAAUCUCCACAGAAUGAUCUCACUGAUGUGAGAGGUGUGAAAAAAUUGCUUCAGUCUCCAAGGCGACAGAAAUCUCCACAGAAUGAUCUCACUGAUGUGAGAGGUGUGAAAAAAUUGCUUCAGUCUCCAAGGCGACAGAAAUCUCCACAGAAUGAUCUCACUGAUGUGAGAGGUGUGAAAAAAUUGCUUCAGUCUCCAAGGCGACAGAAAUCUCCACAGAAUGAUCUCACUGAUGUGAGAGGUGUGAAAAGGUUGCUCCAGUCUCCUAGGCGACAGAAAUCUCCAAAGAAUGAUCUCACUGAUGUGAGAGGUUUGAAAAGGUUGCUCCAGUCUCCUAGGCAACAGAAAUCUCCAAAGAAUGAUCUCACUGAUGUGAGAGGUGUGAAAAGGCUGCUCCAGUCUCCUAGGCAACAGAAAUCACCACAGAAUGAUCUCACCGAUGUGAGAGGUGUGAAGAGGUUACUUCAGUCUCCUGGGCAACAGAAAUCUCCGCAAAAUGAUCUAACUGGUGUGGAAGGUGUGAAAAGAUUAGUUGAACCUGAGUCCCAUAAAAAUACUAACCCACCUCGAACUCGUAGGGGUAAAGUGCAAGUUACUGGUGGAGAUACUAUGGUCUCAGAUGAAAAGCAGCAGAAAUCUGAAACAACAAAAAACUUGGAGCAGAGAGACUUACUGAUUAUGUCUACUGCUGGGCACACAUCACCUAAUGUUAAGAAUUUACCUCAGACACGCAGGACUAGAAAACAAGCUGUCGCUAAGGAAAUGGUUAAUAGUAAUGUUCAGGCUUCAACUGAGAGUACAUCAUCACCUAGGACCCUUAGGGGAAAGAAGGUUACAGUUUCAAAGUCAAGUGAAGAGGUGAAAUCUCAAUCUGUUGUGGAAACUGACAUUUCCGUACAAGUAUGUGAACAAAAUGACUUGUUUGUUCAUCCCACCAAGCUUGCUUCAUUAGACGCUGCCUCUUCACCUAGAACUCGCAGGGGCAGAAAACAAAUUGUUAAUAAUAAAAAAGUUGAGGUGGAAUUAGAGCAAUUUCGUGAUGUGUUGCAGAAGGAUGAAGAGGAUGUUUUAAUUAAAACUAGUCAGCUUGUUUCAACUGUCGCUGUUUCUCCACUUAAAACUCGAAGGGGUAAAAAAUAUAUUGAAAAAAGUAAAGAGCAGGAUGAAGAUCUGAAGUCAGUUUCUCAUAGCACCAAACUUAAACCUGAAGUAGAAACCCACAAAUUGACACAAAAUCAACAAGAAAUGCAGUGUGUUAAUGACGAUGAAACUGCUUCACUAAAAAUACGAGGUGGUAACAGAGAUGUUUCCAAGCAGCAGAGGAACAAAGCUGUAACUACACUGAGUGGUAAUAACAGCACAGAGUCAAGAGAGAGUGACACUUUGUCACCCAAGCCUCGACAGAAAAGAGUAAUUUUUGCAGAUGUAUUACAUGCAUCUUCACCAAGUAACAGUCCUUCACCGAGGACACGCAGAGCUAAAAAGCAGGUAGUUAAUGAGGAAUCUGAUAAAAAAGGUGGUUUAAAAGCUGGCGACCAGUUGUCAGAUGAGUGUGACAAACCAGUGGGUAAGCGUCACCAGAGAAAAUUAGUGAAUGCAGAUAGUGUGGAAUGCAGCCCCUCGGCUAUUUCUGGCCAGGCCAAAACUCGAAAGGGAAGAAAAUUUCAUACUGCUACUGUGACUGAGGAGUUGAAAUUACCUUUCAAAACUCCAAGCCCCCGUAAUUAUAAAACAGAUGGCACAACAGCUAUAGCAGAAUCUGAACAAAGUAAAGUAAGUGACAGUGUAUUCAUCGAAUCUAAUACCAUCAGCCCACUGAAACCAAGGAGAGGUAGGAAAGCUGGAACCGUAACAGUUUCUUCCACUGCGCAUAUGAGAGAGAGAUCAGAAAUAAAUAGCAGUCUUGAUAAAAACAUUGCAACAUCUGUUGCUCACACAUUAGACACAGGUCUUGCUGACAACAGCACGUGCGAGGUACCUGUCGUGGCUUCCUCAAAGAGAACAUUACGUGGAAAAAACGAAAAUGUUACUCAGGUUGCUACUGUACCUUCCUCAGAUACAAGUGAAACUGAAGAGAGGAAGAGUGUAAAAAGUACAAGAGCAGGUAGAAAACGUGCAGUUAAUCUAGAGAAUGGUUCUUCAGCUGUAAGUAUACAAAUAGGUUCUAGCAAAGAUACAGCUGUUAUUGACAGUCCUCCACCUAAGAGGUCGCGGAGGGUCAGAAUUCGUGGUGACAUGGAAGAAGGGAAGCCAUCUUCUCGUUCAGAGUUGAUUGAGCUAAACAGUACACAGACAGAAACAGGAUCCACAGAAGACAGCAUUGAAAAGAGGUUACAUGGUGUUACUCACAAAACAAGGCAGACAACAGUCUCUGAUGCAACCAAAAUUGUUGAUCAACCAGAUGAAGCUAGUGAAGAGAGAACUUCAAGCAGGAGACGCGGGGUGAGGCAGCCCAAGAAAGAGACAAAUAAAAAUGAACUUGGAAAUGGGCAAAGUACAGUUGAAGCAGAGCAGAGAAGUACACGGAGUAAAAGGAAUCAUGUUCAGGAGACUGGUGAAAGAUCUCCAAGAAAGAAGAAAAACACACAAUCUGAUAGAUUAUUGGAUGUCUCUUCAGAACCCAGAGUUGUCUCACCUAGAGCAACAAGGCAACGUAGAAAUCGUCGCACGUGAAUUUUUGGCCUUCUGUUCCAGUACAAAUAUACAUGAGUGACCUAACCUCUACGGUGUUUUUUUUUUUUUUUUAAAUUGUCAAUUCAGAUUAUAUUUUAAAUAUGACAAUAGGUUUAUUUCUGUGUGACAGAUGUAGUUAUAUUACAAACUGUACAUAUAUUAGUAGGUUGUAGCUAGUAUUGUGGAAUUAUUGUUUUAAUAAUAAGACCUAGACCAUUUGGUAUUAUUUUUACUUCCUGUGGAUUAUUGUACUCUUGUAAUGACAGUCGUGUGUAAUUAACCCUCAAUAGUCAUCCAUUUUAAGUAUUAGUCGAGGCUAAAUACCUCUAGCGUACUUCAGCUGAUUUUAAAUUUUAUUUGAAAAGUUAUUUGAUUUGAAUAUAAUUUUAAGUGUUAAUGCCCUCACCCAAAACAUAUAUUUCUUUAGCGUGUUAAAGUUUGAACUGAACGGAGACUACAUGGUCUGAAUGUAUGCAAGCUAGAGAGAAGAUACCCACCAAUACAGCUAAUAUUUUGUCAUGGAAUAUAGCCUUUACCAAACUAAAUGUUGUAUAGUAGUUCUUCAAUUGUAAUAAGUUUUUUAAUAUUACUUUAAUGUAUAAUAACCAGAGGUGAUUCAGAGAAUUGUAAUAUUUUAAAGUGAAAUAAGAACUUCCAUUUUCACUUAUUUUUAAAAAAACACUAGCUGUUUCUUCUUCUUAAUCGUAUUCUCUUAUUGUUAAUAGGUCAUGUCUUGAAGAUCUAAUUUGUAAUGACUGUAAUCAUGUGUAAACCAAUUGUUAUUAACUUUUAUUUCCUCCGGUUCGAAAUUUUUCUGUUUAGAAUUGUGUGUUAACUUUGGUACUUUCAGAGGCAGAUAUUUUAACUAUUACAGUUGGUAUAUGCUAUGCUGUGUGUCCAGCUCCUAUUCCCAUGUUUCUGUUUCAUCUACCUGCACUGGUUCAUUAUUAUACAUAACAAAUAUUUAAGCCAAAUUUGGCUUCUUGGAAGAGGUUUUGCCAUUCUUGGGAAAUGUAAACUCUUCAGUCAACCAGAGAUACUAGAUUUCUUUUAUCAGCAGAUCAUCACUUAUAAAGGGAACAUAUUGAUUGAGCAGAGUAUUGCAUACCAUUUUCAUAUUACAUGCAGUGUUUUUAAAAAUGUGGAUGGGUGAGAUCCUUGCACACCACAUCACACAAUUUAAAACUGUACUUCAUUGAAGUAUGUACUUAAGUUUGAUGUUGGGUAUAUCACACAGUCUUGUAUGGCGCAAUGUCUUUUUAUAUAACAUUAUAAUGUAUUGGUUGUGUAUCUCCGGCAUAAAUCGGUGUUAAUGAAUUAAUAAUGCACUACUUACAAGAAUUUAAAAGUAGUUAUAUGUUUUCAUAUAGCAUUGUUAAAUUUAAAAAUCCAAAAGGGUGUAAAUAUUGUAGGUAUUUAUUGCCACAGUGAGACACUAGUUUCACUAUCAUUUUAAAGUAAAGUGCAGACGUUUUGUGUUUAUGUGGAAAUAGGUGCAAGGAAUUUUAUGAGAAAAUUUUAAACACAAUAACUUGGUUGCUUGCACAGUUAUAUACAUAAAGGGAUCGGAGAGAUAGUCUUAAGCCACAUGUAACUAGUUUUGAUAUACAGCAACAGUCCAUGUUCCGUGGACAGCUAUAAAUGUUCAGUACAAAAUAGAAAUCUUCUUGGUUUUGUACAUAAGUCUAUUACCUCGCCAGGUGUGUAGUAAAAUACUAGACUCUUCAUGCAUUGUAAUUAUAUUGAAUCAUUUUACUUAAGAUGUAGUCAGUAGUGGCUUAUUACUUCAUCUCCCAGAAAAGAAUGUAAAAUGCAAAAUAUGAAUUUGUAAGGCAUUAUUUUGAACUACACAAAAACGGUGACCAGUGUGUAUAAUUUUUACAUAUUUAUAUAUGUGCAAAGGUCAUUCAGAUUAAUAAAUUAUUUUAGUGACUUAGCUACAUCAAGAUAGUUCAUCUAACUCAUAAUUGUUCACAUUAUUUCCAAUAGAUGACUGAAAGAAGUGUUACUUUGCUGCAGAUAUGUACGCCAUGAGAGAUAGUACACCAUUUUUUUCCUGCAUAAUCAGAAGUGGCUUUCUAUAUUUUACUGGCUGCUGAAAUGGAUAUGGUUCAGCAAGCCUUCAUUUCUUUUCCUCAUAAUAUGGAUAUCCACUGAUGCAAGGGCUCCUUUGUCAGAAUAGCAGUGCUCCACACUUUGGUUGAAUAGCUUCACUGAAAUGAAUGAGAUCUACGAAUGUGAGUAAGGUGUGUUUAGAGAUUGCCUUAAGAUUAUCCAGCAUCCAGAUGUCUUAGAUUUGGCACUUUAGUCAGAAUGAAAUUUUUUAUUGUAUUUUACUAAAACUUCAUUGCAGGCACAAUCACAAUUGCAAAGGAGCCUGUGUGACCUGCCACAGGACAGUUAUGCUGGGCAAAUUUAAAUCUUUUGGUAACAAGAGAGACUUCCAAAGCACUAAAGGCAAAUUCUUUCUCUAUUCCUUGCUGUUACCUGAUUAUGUGGAAAUGUUUUGUUAAAGGAUUAGUUAACUUCAAAUAUUUUAUCAAGCAGCAACGAACUUCAUCUGAACCCCUUCAUCUUUCUCACUCCAUAGAAAUACAUAUCCCUUUCUGAUCCACAGUUGUGGAUACUGCAAUCUCUCCAUACUUUAAUCUUGUCAAAUGCUAGACCAACUGUUUGGAUGUGGGGAACAUUUAUUGUUUAACUUUAAAACCCACCAUAAUUUACACAUUACAUUCUUCAAUCUUCUUGCCUGUUCUGUAACCCAAGAACCCUUGAGAAAGCUUCCUUGCAAAUCGUGCCUUUCAUUCCAUGUAUCUUAAUGUUAUUUGAAAAUGUAAGAACUGUAGAUUACACUUUGUGGGUAAUCCUUUUUGGAAUAGCUAUGAAAGAAAGAUAAACUUCCACAUUUGAUACCAUAUUUAUGCAACUUGUCAGGUAAGUAUUCUGGGCAUUAAAAUUUUCUGUAUCCAAAGAAGAAUAAAAAAUGUCCUUCUUUCCCAUGUAGUUUUAUGUAGCACUUGGUCCAGCAGGUACAUGAAUUUCCGAAAGAGGUUCCAUGGACAGUCUUAGUUUGAAAAUCCACACCACUGACCAAUUUGAGAUUUGACUGCCCCCCCCCC